UCAAACGUAUUAAACAAAAGAUAUCAAUUCAUAGAAGUUAUAAAUUCGAAGAAGUAGAUUAUUACUAAUAUCGUAAAUUCUAAAUUGAAAAAGAAUUAAUUUUAACGUUGGAAUUUGCUCGCCAUUACGUAGGCCUGACACUCUUCAGUCGUUUCUCGCCAAGAACGCUAAAUAGAUCUCGCCAAGAUCGGUCGCCUAUCGACACGAGCAUUUGUUAUAAAUUCGCAUUUCCGGUGAAAGUUGAAAACUUCGCUUCAGAAUUAUGACAACCAUAAACGACGAGUUGAACUCUUUAACGUCAGAAGAUAUAAAACACUUUACUGUCGCCCAGUUGAAAGCCGAUUUACGUUUGCGGAAUCUUUCUCUUGUUGGAAGCAAAGACUGUUUAAUUUCUCGCAUCGUGGAUGAUAAUAUAAAAAGAAAACAGCAGGGAAAUUUAGACGAACUCGCUACUCUUAGGAUGCGAUCGAGUGACAAAGAUGACGACGCUAAAAUAAUUCCUGACAGCGCAGAAUUAUUAAAACAAAUCCAACUGUUACAAAAACAAGUCGAAACCCUAAAUAAUCGCAACGAUACGCCACAAAUUCCUGCACCUACUUCGCAACUGGAUCCUAAUAUUGCCGCAGUCCUGACUACGCUAAUGGAAUCUCAAAAACAGUUGAUUGAGAGACAAAUAAAUUCGCCAAGUACUAUUCAAAUCACGUCAACUAAUGACACGGCAAAUUCCAUUCCGAUAUUUCGUGGUGAUAUGAUUGAUAAUGCGCUCGAGUGGCUAAAAGAAGUUGAAAGAAUUUCAACAUUGGCAAACUGGACUGAUGAACUCAAAUUGACUAAUACUAUCUCACGUCUCGCUGGAUCUGCUAGAAAUUGGCAAUUAACUCAAGGUAACCGUUACAAUAAUUGGAUAGAAUGGAAAGUUGCCCUUACAUCAAGAUUUAAAAGACGUAUUACUAUGCAAGAAUUUUUAGCUUAUCAAGCUGAUCGGAAACUAAAAAGGAACGAAAGCUUGGUUGAUUACAUAUAUGCCAAAGACGCUCUCUUGGAAAAAGCUCCUUUUACUAUCCCACAGCCAGAUCGAAUUUCAAUGAUCAUUGGUGACAUCACUGAAGAAAAAUGGCAGAUUGCCUUAGCUACACAGAACUCUAAUACUGUCGAAGAGUUAAUUGACAGAGCAAUGGCACUUGAUGCAAUUCGAAACAUGCAGCACGAAUAUAAAUCACGCCAACCUUACGGAUCACGCCCAUCACCGAAAAUUACACCAAUAUCUUCAAAUCCGUAUAAUGAACAACUUCGCAAGUAUAACCCUGAAACCGAUGAUCUUCGCGAUAUCACCUGUUGGAGAUGUGGAACCAGAGGUCACGCAUCGUUCAUGUGCAGUUUACCGCCUCCUCAAAAAGGUUCACCAAUUGCUCGCCCAAAAAAUUCACCGAGUCGUUUUGAAGAAAUUCAGAACCGUCAAACGAACGAUUCUUCUCAGCAUAUCGAAAACACAACUAAUCCCAAUAAUUCAUCACCACAUGGCAUUACAGGCCCAAAGUUUACAGAUUUACGUCGCAAUACUAAACGAAAUUCAGCAACACGACCAGAGCCUAAAAGAGCAAAUGACUCUAACUCUAUAAACUGCAUUAAGACCGAUAUAAAAAAACGUGCCUUAAUACCUGCUACCAUUAACAAUCAAACCGAAGUUCAAGCACUCUGUGAUCCAUGCGCAGAUAUCACAGUUAUUCAACAAUCGUGCGUUCCACCUGAUUGUGUCAUUCAUCCGUGGACUGAUGGUGAAUUCCAAGUUGUUGAUCACGAAAUAAAGCCCAUAGGUUGGAUAUCCUUAAAUAUUAAGAUUGGAAACAUUGAUCAUCUAAUGCCAAAAAUUGGAAUUUGCAAACAACUUCCAUUUUCGUUAAUCCUAGGAUUCGACUGGCAACAACAAGUUCAAGCCAGAUGCACUUACGAUCCUAACGGCUCAUUAUGUAUCUCUACACCAUCUGCACUUCAUCUGUACGAAUGUAUUCACGCGUCUAAAAACAGUAUCAGCUGUAUUUCUUCAAAUGAUAUCUCAUUACCGCCAUUAGAUGAUGUUACUUUACCAACAGUAGUGCCAAAUUGUUUUAGUCCCCAAACGCAAUUAAUUCCAAAAUCCACAGGAUUAUCAAAGGAACAGCAAAUUCAACUCGAUGCCGUUAUUGGAACAUUUGCCGACGUCUUCUAUUCUGAAGAUGACAACAUUGGAUUGUGUCCAUACGUGGAAUUCACAGUAGAUUUACAACACGACAAACCCCUUAGGUGCCGACCGUACCGCCUCACGGAGCCCGAUCGCCAGUUUAUGAAGACUCAGAUUCAAAAAUGGAUAAAACAAGGAAUUUGUCGCCCUUCCCAAUCACCUUACGCAGCGCCUGCCUUCAUUGUGGAACAGCCCUUUCAUGAAAGUACCCCAAGAAGAAUUGUUGUAGAUUUUUCACGCACGAUUAACAGUAUCACCAAGAUCGACCCUCACCCGAUCGACCGAAUGGAAGAUGUUAUUAAACGCACAGUAGGUAAACUCUACAAUUCAAAGAUAGACGUCAAGUCUGCAUUUAACACAAUUCGCAUAAAAGAAAGUGAUAUUUACAAAACUGGUUUUGUUACUCCCGACGGACAUUUUGAAUUUCUUCGCAUGCCAUUUGGAGUUACCAAUGGACCAUCAACGAUGACGAGAGCCAUUAAAUUAGCUUAUGACCAUUUAGCCCAGUUUAAUGUAAAUACAUAUAUUGACGACAUUUCAACAUCGCAUAAUGAUUUCAGAUACCACCUAAAAGUGCUUUAUAAAAUCCUCGAAGCAACUCGCAGUGCUGGCUUUAAGUUGACACCAGAGAAAUCUCAAUUUGCAGCGUCAGAAAUCUCUCUUUUUGGUAGAAUUCUUUCCCAACGUGGUGAACGCCCUGAUCCAGGACGCACAGCAGCAGUUGAACGUUACGUAACUCUGAAAUCGAUUCAUGAAGUUAGAAGCUUCCUUGGCUUUGCCAAUCAGUUUAGAAAACAUAUCCGCAAUUAUGCUGUUAUUGCAAGUUUUAUUGACGAUACUCCUCGUGAAGUUCAGUUAGACCUUUUAACCUUAGCCAGGGCCGAAGCCGCCAACAAUGUGUACGAAACACACUUAGAUAACAAAAGGAGAUUUGAUCUACAUCGCCAACCCCAUUCGUUUAAGCCUGGAGAUCUCGUCUUAUACGACUGGCCGAAACAACACGAUCAUAAACUCUCGCCAAUGUUCAAAGGACCAUUCAAGAUUGUUCGUCCAGUCGGGGCCGUAUGCUACGAGAUCACAUCGCUCACAGCACAAAGAAAGUUUCAGAAGGUCGUUCAUGUGCAACAUCUUCGUCCAUAUUACAAGCGAGAUGCGCCAGUCCUCGAAGAAGACGUAAGCUCCGAGGAAGAAGAACCGGAAGUGGAAGUUCAGGAUCAGGUAGAUGAUCGCUCAAAGGUACUUGACCAAAAUGACCAAGAAUCAAGUAGACAUGACAGACGUCGCAACCGUCACCCUCCCAAAAGACUUGAACAAUAACUUUUAGACCUUACGUGUUACGCUUCAAUUCUAAAUUUGUACCUUGUCCUUAAAUUUCUCAUUGAGCGGGGCCGAAUGUAAGGUCUCAUAUUGUUUAAAUUAGUGGCGGCGCUGUUGUUGCCGCAGUUCGCCAUGUUGUUUUCUGUUGUUUGUUCUUAUCGCCACAAGUUAAAGUUGGUAAGCAUCAAAUAUUAAAUUAUUCAUUAAUUAGUUGCGUUAUAUUCGUUUAUUAAUUCAUAACGUUGUCACUCGACGCCGAUCCAAACCUUAUAUGGCGCAGUCGACAGUGGAAAGAACAUUUCAUUAACAAAAUUGUUAAUAUUAAACUUUUAGAACUUCGUUUCAACGGUCGCCAUUAACGACGAGCAAAAAUCA